GUGGCGACUAGAUUACCCUGCCAAUGACUUUCUCCCACUUUAUCUUGACGAUGAUGUGGUGAAUAUUUUGGUUCAUUCUGUAGACAAAGACACCAAGUUGUACGUUUUGGAGCGCCGACGAGAACGAGACAUCAAACCUCUGCGUCCAUUAUUUUUGAUGCGUGAUCAUGAGGGCAGCGGCGGCUCUGUCCUUCAAUAUUUUGGAAAAACGGCUGUUCUUUCCGGUGGGGCUGAUGGAAAGGUGGUUGUAAGAGACGUCUCACAUUAUCUAUUAAAGCUGACACCUAUCCCUCCUUCCAAAGAAAAGAGAAGGCCCCAAGGUGAAUUCCCCAUAAGGCACAUGGGAAAAGAAGGGAUAACUUCUUUGUGUACAUGGAAUGGUGAUUGUGGCUUCGUUUGUGGAGGUCAUGACACAGUGAUUCAUUUUAUUACCUCCGGUGAACCCAUUUCUGAUUCAUGGAAAGAACCAGUAUGGAAAAAGGAAAAACUUUUGGGUGUCUCAGACGCCAUGCAAACCCCAAUGGAGGGGUCAUCUACACUGUGUGAAUUUAGUCGAUCCAGUGUUCUAUCCGAUUUGACUGAGAUAAGAGCAGAGGUUAACAAAUUAUUGAAGGAAAGAAGUUCGGCUGUCCACGUUGAAGACUUUCUGCUACCUAGUCAGCGGGAGUCGUUUAGUGCGGAGUGUGAAUUGGCGAUACAGAAGGCAAAAGAAGAUGACUACUACCGUUUGCUUCAUAAUGAAUUUACUCAAUAUAUUAUUCGAAAUGAAUGUUGGGACACAAUGGAAGUACCAAGAGCGAAAGUUGUAAGUCUAAAUGACCUUACGGUCCAAGUUUACAAUUUUCACUGUCGUAAGGCUGAUCCGGGAGAAGAGAAGUUGUUGAAAAAGUUGAAAUUUUUGAGAAUGUUGCAAAUAAAAGUUGGAAAUUACUUUACCUUUUCUUCCUUGGUGAAGCGACGGGAAAGUCAUUCUAACCCGUUGCAGCAGGAGAGCGACAUUGCCGAUGAAACUUCCGGGCUUCUCUACGAUGCUAUGGAUGUAUACACAAAUUCACGUGCUGUUAUUCAAAUUCAUUUGCUUCGUGGAAGGAUACUCAGGUUGAAGAUGGCGUUCAAUCUUCGCUUUGAUAAUUUAUGCGAACGGAAAAAGCGAGAAUUGCAGCGAAUUGAAGAAAGAAAUGGUCGUUGUAGGCGCAUCCUGCGGCAACUCGGUGAAACGUCCAUACCUGCGGAUCUCUGUUUCACACCCGUUUUUGAUGUCGAGGAGGACCCCAAGACUGUUUUUGAGGUCUUUGAUUCGGAAAUUGAUCCCGAAUUGCUCAAGCUUUCCAAAAAGAAUGAAAGUGAUGCAUUUAUUAUAUCCCCGACGGAUGAAGCGGCAUUGAAGACGUGGAUGGAUGGUCUUGAAAAGGAUGCUGAUGUGCUUGCCGUCAAAGUCACCUUACCUGCUUUUGCGGAUGAAUCGUUGGAACAAUAUGUGGAACCCGAAGAUCGAACGGAGGAGCAGCAAAGGGCUUAUGAACAAUAUGAGAAGCAACUUGCGGAGCAGACGAUAUAUGUGAAUGAAAGAAAGGAGGCGUUGCGUGAAGAGAUUGCCGAAUUGAAGAGGGCAAACAGUGAUGCAGCGAGAGCGAUAGAUGAAGAAAUUUCCUCGUUGAGAAGGAAACGUAUGGAGGUGGCUCAGUUGGUGGAUGAAUUGGAGUCCCAUCAAAUGAAUGCGCUUCGCAGAAUAUUUCUUCCAACUACAAUUUUGAAUGAGCUCUUAAACGUCAUAAAGGAAAAAAAAGAGCUCCAAAGUCGUUUGAAACAACUUCAGAGUCUUGAAAUGCACAGACAAAACUUAUUGAAAACGGAAGAGUCUCGGUUGCAGCAGUUAAUCGAAAAAGAAAAGGAUGCUGUCGCACAUAUGCGCGACUCUCCACCGUUUGAUGACGGCACCUGGGGGGAGAAGCUGUACAGACGUUUUACGAGGUGGCGUGCAAAGUACGAAGAAGGCCAGGCAUUGGCUCCUCUGGCUGAUCAGAAUGAAAAUUUUCCUCUCCCUCUGUGGAAGCUCUACUGUGAAUGCUGCUCAAUCAUUGUUGAGUCAAAACGCGUUGCGACCCAUAGUACAGCAACUGUUCAAAAAUUAACCGAGUCGUUGACGGAGGUUGAAGCCGAAUUGACACUAGUUGGAAAAAAGCUAGACGAAAAAGAGGCGGAGGAGGAAUUCUGCAAACAAGACGCCACUCGCAAGGUUCUCAAUGUACAAAACCUAUAUCGCCUGCGACAAGGCCAGGUUCAAGAUGAGGAAGCCAUGCUAAACGCCGACUUUAUUGACUUUUCCUUUCGAUGGACAAAGGACGUGUUGGACUACAACACCCUUAUCUUUGCAAGUUUUGACGAAGUUUCCCGGAUUAUGGGUAAUACAUCGCAUCAACGACAAGCAAUGAAAAUGGCCUCUUGGGAAACUGAACGCUUACAGUACUGCGUGGGGACGUUGGAGAUGGAGCUCCGCCAGCUACACACGUUGCGGGUGACGAGACAAAUGCAAGAAAGCAUAUACACCGGUGCAUUGGUGUCACGUGAGGGUGAGGUGGAAAAAUUGAACCGCCGAAUCGACUCCAUCCGGCAAAUGAUGUCAAGGAGGGUGGAGGAUCGAAACAGGGUUAUUAAGCGUUUAAACAUACAGAUCAACGAUCGGCACCUGGAAAACACAUUACUGGGUGAUCAGGUACAACGCGUUAAAAGCGUUGUGGAUGACAAAAAGGCCGUGUGGGGUAUGUUGGGUGAGCACGAUAAUGAAUCCACACGUCUUCAAGAAAGAAUGAGAGAGCUGUACGAGAAUAGUGAAUUGGAGGAGUUGGCACGGUGCCAGCAGGAGGAACUCGUCCGGUUAAAGCGUGAGGUCGACCGCCUUCGAGAGCGCACGUUUCCUUCGUUUGCUGUUGUAUCAAAGAAAACCGUGACGUGA